CGUGCAACUCCUAGCCAAUCGGAUAGAUAAAACUGGAGCGGCAUGGUUACCGGCUGAAAGAGAGCAGAUAGCGAGGAAGCAGCAAGGAGAACCUCGUGUCAAGGGCUGUCACAGAAGAAGUCAGUUGGUUUGAGCCGUGUUAUAGAGAAUCCUGUGAAGCAGCUAUGGACCAGGCAAGGUCAACAAUAUCCAAAAUUUUUAAUGGGGAGCCGCACUCCUAUACACGUUUCAACUUGACUCAGAACAUGGAAGGUGAUAACAGCCAGGUGGAGAUGAAACUGUCGUCCGACAUGGAUGAGGAGGUUGGGACAAAUGGCGUGGGAGAACACCUUAGUCACAACUCCAACCGAAAACCCUACAUGGCUCAAAAACUUGGAGGCACCCCCAAGAACCUCUGUUUCUUGGCAUCUGCCAUCCUCCUCAUCUUCAUCAUUGGGUUCUUGAUUGGCUACCUGGUUCAAAAGAAGAACGACUUGGCUCCAACCUGCGCCUCUUCCAUUGCCAGCAUGGAAAAAGAUGUUCCCCACGAGACAGGUGCUGCCCCCCUCAUGAACUGGGAUGAUGUGAAAAUGCUCCUUUUUCAAAAAGUCACCGCCGCCAACAUUGAACCUGUCUUAAGUGAGUUUUCCUCAACCAGUCACCGAGCUGGUUCUCCAGGUGAUGAGGUUCUGGGGAACAAGGUGCUCAAGAAGUUCAAAGAGUACGGCAUGAAUACCUGGAAUGAUGAGCACUUUAUUAAGGUUCAGGACCCACCAGCUUCUGGCUUCAACAGAGUUGCUUUCAAGAAUGGGAAUGCAGAGCGUCCAGAUGGAUUCCUGUCCUACAGUGCCAAUGGAACAGUAACGGGUGCUAUCUUAUAUGCAUAUUACGGGCAGGAAGAUGACUUCAGGUUGCUGCGUGACAAAAAUAUAAACCUGAGUGGCAGGGUCAUGCUGGUCAGAGCUGGUAGGAUCAGCUUUGCUGAGAAGGUAGCCAAUGCUGCCAAAAUGAAUGCCUCUGCUGUGUUAAUCUACCCAGACCCCGACGAUUACUUUUUUGAAGACACCACCCAGCUUUUUGGACAUGUGCACAUGGGUUCAGGGGAUCCCUACACCCCAGGCUUCCCCUCCUUUAACCACACUCAGUUUCCACCUGUCCAGUCUUCAGGCCUGCCAAAAAUCUUGGCUCAGACCAUCACAGCACGGAUGGCUGCCAAAAUUCUGGGUCAGCUGGGCGGUCAGAGUGUGCCCCAGGGGUGGGGAGGCAUGAGAAAACUGGGAGACGAGAAUGAUGUUGUUACUGUGGAAGUCAACAAUGUCCUGUCUGAGAAGAAGAUAAAUAAUGUCUUUGGUGUCAUCAAAGGCUUUGUGGAUGCAGAUCGAUAUGUGGUUAUCGGCGCCCAGAGGGAUGCUUGGGGCCCAGGAUUUGCUACGUCGACUGUCGGCACCAGCAUUCUUGUAGAGCUGGCACGUUCUAUCUCCGACAUGGUGAAGAAUGACGGAUUCAAGCCAAGGAGAAGCAUUGUGUUUGCUAGCUGGAGUGCUGGAGAAUAUGGGAGUGUUGGCGCCACCGAGUGGUUGGAGGGUUAUCUUUCUUCUCUGAACAUGAAGGCCUUCUCCUACAUCAACCUGGAUGGAGCUGUAGCAGGUCGGAAUGGAUUUAAAGUAGCAGGCAGUCCCUUGAUGCACAGACUGAUCGAGAGCGCUCUGAAGGAGGUGCGCUCUGCAAACAAGGAUGUGUCUCUCUUGUCUCAAUUUGGACGGAGCAACUGGCAAUUAAAUAUAUUGGAGCCUCUCAAGGUGGACAAUGCUGCAUAUCCCUUCCUUGCCUUUUCGGGCAUUCCCUCCGUUUCAUUUAGAUUCACUUCUGGUAAUUCGGAGUACCCAUACUUUGGGACUAUGCUGGACACCUGGGAGAAACUGAAUGCGGCCACAUCCAACAAGGUUCCUCAGCUGGCUGAAAUAGUGACCCGUUUUGCGGGUCACAUAGCGCUGAGGCUGGUCCAUGAUCAUCUACUGCAGAUGGACCUGACGAAGUACAACAACAUCAUCCGUACUCAAGUGGCUCAGAUCAAUGUGAAAGUCAAGGAUAUUAAGAGGAGGCAGCCUGAGCUCUUUCCCAAAGACCUAACGGUGCAGUGGUUGAUGUCUGCCUUUGGGUCAUACAGCCGUGCCUCUUCCAACCUGAAAACAGAAGUCGACAACAGCGACCUGGAGGACAUCGAGAUGUGCCGCAUCAUUAAUGACCGCAUCAUGACGGUUGAAAGGAACCUCCUGUCACCGUACAUCUCGGCCAGAGAGCGUCCUUUCCGUCACAUCCUGCUGGGCUCUGGCCCUCACACUCUGAAGGCUCUGAUCAGUCACCUCGAGGCUCUCAGGAAUGACAGCCCCGAGGCAGAUGCCGACCUGUUCCGCAACGAGUUUGCCUUGGCCACCUGGACCAUUCAGGGCUGUGCUAACUCGCUAGCAGGGGACAUCUGGUCUUUGGAUAAUGACAUCUAAAAAUUUUCCUGUUGCCUCCCUUUUUCAUUUUGUUUGCCCCUUAAUCACAGCUGGCAGUGUGACAACCAGUAGGCCACAAUGAUUCACCAACACUCACAGCUACACAAGUUUUUCUUGUUUUUAAUUAAGCUGAUUGAGAAAAAGAGAGAAGUGGAGCCGUUUCUGAAUGUAUACCAAUAACAUCAUUACUUCUGUUCCAUAAUUCUUAACAUUUCAGUGAUAGUUUGCCUCAUCUCCCUUCAUUCUGAUUUAUUCCAUAAAGCCAAACAUUAAUGAUAUAACACACAUAAACCUUCUGCCUUAAGGCCAUUCUUUCAUAAUUUCAGGUCGCGGUUAGUAAAUACCGCAUUUUGAAUACUUUCGGUGCUAGAAAUGACUGCCUUCAAACAGCCACGUUCUGUUACUACUUAAAUGUUUGUUUUUACCCUAUGGUUUUCCAGCACGGUAUCAGGUCAUGAUCACAGAACAUUUUGUGUUUGCCAGCUCAGAGAUUAAUGGAACACAAAAGGCUCAUGGCUUUUCCAUUUGUUUACCAUAAUUAAUACAAAUCAAAAAAGCUGGCAUUUCCACUGCUCUCAUAGCCUUCCGUUCAAACCGGAUCUGGUUUACAUUGGUAGCUAUAAUUUCAUACUGUGCUGAAAUCUGCUGCUCAACUCAUUGUCGGAGAUUCAGAAGUUGCUGAAAAGGACUGGAGAUUAAUUUCCUGCAACAUAGCUGUUGUUUUUAGAGAACACUUUGAAAUAGAUUUUGGACAAUAAGCUAUCGUUGUUUGACAUUACUUGGCUCCAUUUCAAUCUUUUUUUUUUUUUAAAAAAGUCCUAAUUACAUGCAACCAUAAAAAAAAAAAAAAAUCUUAUUCACUCAUCUGAAUCAUCCACCUCCUGACAUGAGAGCAAAUCUCAAGGCCUUUCAAAAACCAAGGGAGGAUGUCUCUAACCAUGUGGCACUGAAACAGAAACCGUACGUCUAUUUAUUGUGUUAUUUAUUUAUCAGUGGCAGGGUUCACUAUAAAUAGUUUUUUUAUUGCCUUUUAUAAAAAAAAAAAUAAAUGUAUAAUUAUCGGGAGCAGUGUCUUCCAUAAUUAUGACAGUUAUACUGUCGAAUUGACAAAAGCAGCAUCUGCUAAAAGAAGUUUACAUGUUGACCGACGGGCCACUACUGAACACAGAACAACUGGGCUCCUUUCAACAAACCACACAACUGAGGUCAUCUUUUUCCUACUUAACUGACAUCUGAUUGGUCUUAUAGACUAGACCAGCUCACAUAUCUCCCUGGAGAACUGAAGACCUCUUACUGUCUGUUCCGGCCCCUUGGUCCAUGUACUCCUCUCGUCAUGACAACAUUAUCGGGAGCAGUGUCUCCCAUAAUGUGAAAAAGAAGAAGGUAGUUUUUGCCUACCAGUGUGUAUCCGUAUCGGAGGCAGUGCCCUCCAUAUUUCACUGUAGGAGUGGUUGUUUUUAUUAUCGGGAACAGUGUUUCCCAUAAUGUGUGUACAUAGAAUAAUAUGCUACGCCAUGCACUUGUUUGUCUGCAUCCUUAGAUCCCAUCUAUGAUGUUUCCAUGCUAACAUACCCUCUGUAGUUUGCUCUGAGGUCUGCAGCUUCUGAUCACUGAAAGACAGUAGGAAGUUUUAACAUCAGCUCUUUUACAAACAUGUCUCAUCUGUCUCUGUAGUGAAGUUAACAAGCUGCACAGCCUUAAAUUGUUCUGUUUGUGUUAUUUGAAUCUGAGAAUGUGAUGUCUUUUCUUUGGGCUUCAUAUGGAACUGAUAUGGAAGGUCACUUGCUUUAAAAAGCAAGAUGUUACAAACAUGUUUGGGACCACUGGUUACUGCAGCGUAGUCCAGUGUUUCCAGUAAAGAUCACCACUUCAAAAUGGGUUUUGUUUUUAAUGAUUCAGUCAGUGUGGAAGUACGUUGUGCUUUCUGUUUUGAUGUGUUUAUUCUUGUGAAAGAGAUUUCUUUGUGCCUUUUUAUUUCAUGACUGCAUACAGUACUUAAAGAGGUUUUGGAAGAUAUAUAUUUGGCUUGUUUUGUUUUAGUUUUGACAUUUCUGUAUUUCCUUUUGUCCCUUUUCUAUGCUAUAAUGAAAAGUUACUGGUUUGUGCUGCAAUUUUUUUUCAAUAGUUAUUGGAAGAAAUUGGUAAAAAAUGAAAGGACAAAAUCAGCAUAAAUGGAAUUUAAAAAUUGGAAAGUGAAUUUUGAAGUUGUUAACGUGGUCCUCCUUUAGCCAAUCUGCAAAAUGAGGGACCAUCUUAUGUUAUGCUUUAGUAGAAAAACAAAUUUAAUCCCUUUUUAGAUGAUCUUUUAACCAUUCACACAUUCCUAGUUUGAGUGAUUAAACUGACCUGUUGGGCUAUAAUGAGGCAUAUACUAGAAGUUGCAUCUCUAAUAUUGGCCUUCUCUGUAUUAGAGAUGAUGCAGAUGUAGAAAUUGAUCCGCCAAAUUGGUCUUUGGUGAGCUUUUAAAAUUCAGACAAAGUUGAUGAAGUUCAUGUUUGGAAAUUGUUAAAAUUAUGCUUUUCCCCCAUCAAACUGUAUGCAAGUUUGCUUAGCUUUCCCUUUUUGUUGCUGCAAUAAACAAUCACAUCACAA